AUGACAACUGAUGUGGAUUCUACCUCCGAAAUUGGAAGGGAAACUGAUAAAAGCAACUCAUCGGCAGAAACAGCGACUCUAGCUCCGCCUCCAGAUGGCGGUUUUCAUGCCUGGGCCCAGGUGGUAUCGGGCCAUUUGGUUGUCGCUCUCACAUGGGGCUACGCUUCCAGCUUUGGAGUAUUUCAGAAUCACUAUGAGGUGACUCUCCCUCAAACAGCCUCCGAUAUUUCAUGGAUAGGCGGAUUCCAAGUAUUUUGUCUGUUGUUUAUGUCCAUGCUGUCUGGUCGCGCGACGGAUGCUGGCCUCGCGCGGCUGGUGGUAGGCGCCGGAGCAGUCUUUCUGCUGCUAGGCACUUUCAUGACGAGUCUAGCCACAACUUAUUGGCAGGUCUUUCUUGCGCAGGGUCUCUGUAUUGGGAUUGGACAAGGUCUCAUGUGGUUACCUAGCGUGACUUUGAUUUCAACGUAUUUUGUGCGGCUGAGAGUUUUAGCUGUUACAGCUGCGGCGACAGGUACGAGUACAGGAGGAAUCAUUUUUCCAGCAAUGAUUCAGUAUCUGACUCCGCAAAUUGGCUUUCCGUGGGCGGUUCGUUGUAUGGGAUUUGUGGUCCUGGUUAUGGUCGUCCUUAUCCUUGCGCUGCUACGUCCUCGAUUGCCUCCUCGAAAAUCAGGUCCGCUGAUUGAAUGGGGAGCUUUUAAAGAACCAGCUUAUAUGCUCUUCACGCUUGGAGUGUUCCUUCUUUAUUGGACCCUUUACUUCGCUUUUUUUUACAUUCAAGUUUACGCAACUGAGAAUUUGCACUUAUCUCAGAUAGAUGGCGUCAAUCUGAUUAUCGUCAUUAAUGCAUGCGGUAUUCCAAUUCGUGCACCUUGCGGCUACCUGGCUGACCGGUACAUCGGCCCACUGAAUUGUUUAAUUCCUUGGGUAGCCCUAUGCGGCAUUUUGAUGUUCUGCUGGAUCGCUGUUGAUACAGUUGCUGGUCUAUAUGUCUUUGCCGUUUUCUUCGGUCUGGCGUCAGCAGCCGCCAUGGCUUUGUUUGCUGGCACUGUCCCCUCGUUGACAAAAGAUUUGGACAAAAUUGGAACUCGUGUUGGAAUGGCGCUGACGUUGAUGAGUUUUGGACCGUUGACUGGACCUUCUGUCGCUGGAGCAUUAAUCACUUCUACCGACAGUUACCUCGCGGCACAGAUCUGGGCUGGAGUGGCUUUAAUUGUUGGCGUGUUGGCCCUUGGCACGGCGCGCAUCAUCAUAUCGGGACCUGCUAUUCGCGCGAAACUAUAG